CAGGUUUCUACUCCAUUCCCACCCAUUCUCGCACUGGAGUUCUUCAUCACAGACUGCUGCACAGCCAACUUCUCUGCCUUUCUACAACCUUAACCCAUUACUGCACUCAGAACCUUUUUACUGAGCUGAGAAAUAAAGAAAUGGCCAAUACAGAAUCGACUGCUGGGGAAACUAUAGCUCUGGAAGGAAGGGAAGAGAGCAUGGAGCCAAACCAGGAAACAGCUAAAGGUGAGGGAAAUCACCAUGAUGGAUGUCCUGGAGGCAGUGAAAAGGAGGGCAGAGCGGUGGUGAAAGGAGAGGACCUAAAAGAGAACCUGCCUCCAUCCAACCAGCUGCAGUCGGCCAAUGGGAACGUCCCCUGGUCAUGCCCAGAUGGAACGUUUAUCAAACUAGUCCUGGAGACUGGCAAAGGUUUAGAUAAGCCCAAGGAAGGCUCUAUCUGCCGGAUCUUCCUUGAGGCUGACCGCGAAGGACCCCUCAGUUACCCGUCCCGCCAGUGGGCUGAGGUAGAGCUGGGUGAUGGCGAUGCUGAAUGGGAUGGGAUGGUAGACCGUUGCCUGGAGACCAUGCUGGCCGGGGAACAGGCUGAAGUGAGGUUGAGAGACGGAGGUACCAUCAUUGUCCAACUGGACAGCUUCACAGCGGCCAAGGACAGCUGGGAGAUGAGUGCCAGUGAGAAAUGGAGCCUGGUGCUGAGCAACAAAGAGCGUGGUGGCGAGCUGUACCGUGCGGGAGAGGUUGGCGCAGCUGCCAGGCGCUACGCCAAGGCCUUGCGUCUGCUUGUGGUGGCUGCCCCUCCCCCGGACUACGACCAAAUUAAGGCUGAGCUCCAUGCCAACCUGGCCGCCUGUCAGCUGAGGUUGCGCCAGCCAGCCAACGCAGCCCGAAACUGUACCAAGACGCUGGCGCUGCAGCCAGCCAACACCAAGGCGCUCUUUCGGCGGGGCUUAGCUUACGACGCCAUGAAUGACCUGGAGGGAGCGGCGCAAGAUCUGAAGGGGGUUUUGCAAGUGGAGCCCGGGAACCGAGCUGCCCGGCGGGAGUUGGAUCGAGUGACAGAGCGCAUCAAGGCGCGCGAUGCCAAACUUGCUCGGGCCAUGCAGAAAAUGUUUGCUUGAGCAGAAUGACAAAGCAGUGUUUUCAUUUAAUAGACUCUCUUUGCAUCCUUUCCCCUGCAAGUAUCUCAAGGCAAAACUACAUGGCCUUCUUUUACAAAUAUUUUCUCUUCAAAAAGCUGCAAUUUAAAACAAAAGUUCUUUCAGAUUUGGCUCUCAAGGUGAGCGGGCUGAAUGGUACAAGGUUCCUCAGUAACGUCACGGCUGAAUGGGGAUUCGAACGUUGGCAAUUCCACACUGUUCAGUGCAUCAUGCCCUCCGUCUUAUGUAUAAGGAAGGUUAAAAUGAGGAGGAUAGAGUUGUUCCUCCACACUAGAAGUUUUGACUGUUGUGAAUUUGAUUAUUCAAAGAUUUGAUUCAACUGUUGUCUUUAGGAAUCUGUAGGUUCUCCAUUGUGAUGCCGUGGUUAACUUCCUCUUGCAUGACUUGGAGAUUUGUAGAUAAAAGACCUCUCUCGGAAUCUCUGCUCAGUUUCCAAUUACAGUUGGCCAUCGAGUCAUGCUAGAAGAUCUAGAAAUUCAUAGACAGUUGUCCUCUCAGGUAAACAAACAAAUUAACAAAUUCUUUGCUUGGAGUUGUUCACUUUCAUGGGGAGUCUUGUGUCCCCAACCCCAGCAAAUGUGGAGAGCUGACUUUGUUACAUUCACAGCAGUUAUUAAUUCAUGUUUUCUGAGUAAACACAGACAUUUAUGCCUACCAUGGAAUUUGGCAUCCUAAGGGGAUUUUGCUGUCUUGCCAUUGUUUAAAAAUAAGCAUGUUUAUAACCAUUAUGGAUAAAUGGAAAGACUUCAGGAGUGUGUGGGCUGUGCUGGGUGGAAUUUCAGCAGUCAAAGGAUGCCUGCGUUGGAUCCCCAGUGUGAAGGGAGCAAAAGCAAGUGCCCCACACGCUUCUGUCUUUGUUGCAUGUGCAGAGAACUCCCUGUAUUUUGUGCUUCUGAAAUUAGACUGUGGAAGUGACUAAUUGUAUUUGAAACAACUCUGUAGAAGUCAGCAUCCUCAUACUUAACAGCCUUCAUCACGUUUCAAUACAGAGCUUUCAUCUA